AUUCUGCAGCAGCAAAUAACAAUAAAAACAACAACAGCAACAGCAGCAACCCCACAAUAUUUACUGCGUCGCAGUUUUUACCGUUGAAGUCAGCAACAGCAGCAGAGCUUCUUCUUGUAGCCGAAUUUCGUGGAGAAAAAAGAUCAACAACAAUAAGAAUAACAAACACGAGGACACACGCAAUAAUUAAUAGAAAAACAGCAAGAACAGGAGAAUUGCGAUUUAAACAAAUAAGUUUGCUAUAUAGUAAAUAUCGUUUGGAUAUCGUAUAUAUACGAUAUAUAUGUAUAUAUAUAUAGCGUUGUAUAAGUAAAAGUCGCGCAAGGAAACGUCAUUGAACGCACGGACGGCGCAGCCAACGAGCUGUUGUCUGUGCCGGGGCGGAGGAGGAGGAGGAGGUGGGGUAAACAACAACACACCACACAACAACAACAACAACGUCAACCUCAACAAAUUGUCGCUUGUCACACCCACACACACACAUUAGCUGCUUUAACCUCGGCAUCAAAAUGAUCUCAAACAAAAAGGCAUACGCGAUGAAGAUGCUUCAACUGGCUUUGGCCUUGAGCCUGCUCCACGUUGACACCGAUUACUCAUCGCUGCUGCUGCAGCAGCGACUGCGUCGCUGGGACGCUCAACUCGAGCUGCCCCACGGCGAUGGCUGGGAACUGGAAAUGCUUCGCACCGUGCCCAUGAUGGAGUCACAGCAUCAACCCUAUGGCAAUCGCAAGGGUGGAAUGGCGCCGCUUCUCCUCGAGGAUCUGUUGCACUUUGAUGAGCCAGCUCUGAAUCAUGGCAACUCUGGUGGGGAAUACAAGUUACCGCUGGGCAGCUUUAAUGCCAGCACCUUUGUCAUGAAUCUGCACAACACAACCGGGAAUAAUAGUGUGCAAACAGCGGCUCUGCAGGACCUUCAAAGUAAUCCAAGUGGUGGAGCAAGUGCGUCGGUGACUGUUGGCAACACGGCGGCAGCUGCAGCGGCAGCCUCUGCGGCUGGAAAUGGAGCAGCAAGUGCAGCCUUGGGAGAGAUUCACAUCAAUACGACCACGAAUAGUUCGCCACUUGCUGCUGCUCAGGAAUUGGAUAUCUUUUUGUCGCCCGAUUUGCUGCAGGAUCAACGCUCGAUAUGGGAACAGAAUCUGGCUGAUCUCCAUGAUUAUGGCGAUCUGCCUUUCAGCAAUCCUUAUGCUAAUUUGCCACUCAAAGAUGGCCAACAACAGGCGCAUAAUAACACGCAAUUGGAUUUGAGCUUGGCUGCUUUUAUUCAUGGAUUCGCUGGCAGUGCCAAUGUGUUGACUCAACCAAGUGCGGAUACACCGAAUGCCUUGAAUGACAGCACUCCGCAUCCGAGUAGCUCGGGUAGUUUGACUGUCUUUGGACCCGAUAACGAUAGCAAUGACGAUGAGGAUGAUUUGCUGUUGAGUCGCCUAUUCGGAGAGCACGAUGCCGAUGCGGAUUUACAGGAUUGCGCUGGCGUGUCGAAUGCCUGCGAAGUCGAGGGAUUGACCAGCGAGGAGCCAUUUGGCAUUGUCAACGAAGUGGAGGUCGUUGAGGAGGAAAGUGAAAUCGCUGAGGUGCUGUACAAGCAGGAUGUUGAUUUGGGCUUUAGCCUCGAUCAGGAGCAGAUCAUCAAUGCUUCCUAUGCCAGCGGAAAUAGCGCUACCAAUGGCCGAACCAUCAAGGACUCCGAUCCCGAGAAGGAGAAGGUCGAUGGUGAGCAGGCGAAGAAGGUCAACGCUGCUGCUGGCAACGAUAAGCGUGAUGCCAAUGCUGCUGAUGAUAUCGAGAAGCUGAAAGCUUUGGAAGAGCUUCAGCAAGAUAAGGCUGCUGAUGACAAGGACCCAUCGCAGGAUUUGGAUGAUCUAUCGAUCGAAUGGAAUGGCGUUCCCUUUACCAUUGAUAACGAAACUGGUGAAUACAUUCGCUUGCCGCUGGAUGAGCUGCUCAACGACGUGCUGCAGCUCUCUCAGUUCCCACUCGAAGACGACGAGUUAAACAACGAUUCGGUUGCAUCCACUUCGCAGGCUGCUGCAGCCGCAUUGAACAAUAAACCGGCAACGCGUAUUGUCUCCGAGACCGGUGAGGAUUUGAUCUUUGAGGAGAAGAGCGACGCGGAUACCGAAGCGGAGAACAGCGAGGAUAAGGAUAAGGACGAUAACGAGGCAAACUUUUCGGGCAGUGACUUUGAGGAUCUGCAAGAUUCUGUGGGCUCGCCCCUGUUCGAUUUAGAUGAGGAGGCCAAAAAGGAACUAGACGAAAUGUUGCAAUCCACCGCACCGCCCUACCACCACGCCCACUCGCACGCACACGCCCACGCCCACUCGCAUCCACAUGUGUCGCCACAUGUGGCGCAUCCGCAUCCCCAUCCCCAUUCGCAUCAUCAUGCCGCUGCCGCAGCGCAUCAUCAUCAUCAUGCCGCACAUCAUGCGGCCGCUGCGGCAGCUGCACAUCAGCGUGCGGUGCAAGCGAGCGCCAACUAUGCCACCGUUGGCAGCGCCUCGGGCAGCGCCUUUCAACGCCAGCCCCCAGCUUCGACUGCUGCUGGGUUCCAUCAUGGGCAUCAUCAGGGCCGCAUGCCGCGCUUGAAUCGCAGCGUCUCCAUGGAACGUCUGCAGGAUCUGGCCACCUGGAUCAGUCCCAUUCCCAGCAUGGGCGUGGCCGAUAUGCCGCCCUAUCCGCCCCACUACACCGGCUACUCGUACCAAGGUCCCGCCGCAGCCAGCGCCCAGCAAUACGGUCAGGCAGCUGGCACUUUGCCGCCACCGCCGCCACCACCGCAUCACGGACAUGCUGCUGCUGCCAUGAUGCAUGCCACCAACUCGACGUUGGGUGAUCUGUGCUCCGCUGCCGGCGGUCAGCCGCAUUAUGGCCACAAUCUUGGCUCGGCGGUCACCUCGAGCAUGCAUUUGACCAACUCCAGCCAUGAGGCUGAUGGCGCUGCCGCUGCUGCUGCGGCUGCUGCCGCCGCCGCUGCCGCUGCUGGCAGCAACUAUAAGAUGGAGCAUGACAUGAUGUAUUAUGCGAACACUUCGUCGGACAUGAAUCAUACGGAUGGAUUUAUUAAUUCGAUUUUCAAUGAUGAGGAUCUUCAUUUGAUGGAUAUGACAGAAAGUUUCUGUCGGAUGGUGGACAACAGCACCAGCAACAACUCUUCGGUGCUGGGAUUGCCAAGCAGCGGACAUGUCAGCAACGCGGGCAGCUCAACUGUGACUGGGGGCAGUCAUGCGAAUGUGAAUGCGCUCAACAGCAGCGGUGCAGUUGGCGGUGCUGCCUCUAUGAGCGGUGGCAACGGUGCAACGGCUGUGGGCGGUCCUGGUGGCAUGACCAGCGAUCUAUUGGCAAACACAGCGGGCGCUCAAGGUGGCGCCGAUCGCUUAGACGCGUCCAGUGACAGUGCCGUCAGUUCGAUGGGCUCCGAACGUGUGCCAUCGCUAUCCGACGGCGAAUGGGGUGAGGGCAGCGACUCUGCGCAGGAUUAUCAUCAGGCCAAAUAUGGCGGACCCUAUGACUUUAGCUACAACACAACACGCCAGCCGCCGGUGGCCCAGAAGAAGCAUCAACUCUAUGGCAAGCGUGAUUUGCACAAGCAAACGCCCAGCAGUCUGCCACCCACAGCGCCGCCCGUCGCGGCCACAGCGCAAACGCAACAGCAGCAACAGCAACAGGUGCAGAGCAUCAAGUACGAAUACGAGGCGGGACCCACAACAUUCACGGGCAUGCAACGCAGCAGCGGCAGCGUGGGUGAGGCAGCUGCCAUGGCGCCUGCUCUGGCCAAGGAUUAUCAUCAGGCGUACGGCAUGAGUGCUAGCAGCGCCUUCACAGCCGAUUAUGGAGUGCCACGUGCUCCGCUUACGCCACAGGAUCUGGUGCAACUGAAUCACACUUAUGCGCUGCCACAUGGCACCGGAUCGUUGCCCCAGGGUAGCGGCUCUCUGACCAGACCUCAGGCUCGGGAUAAGAAGCCUGUGGCAAGCAGCAAACAGGCAGCGGCCAAGUCGAGUGGCAAUGCAACGGCUACGCUGGAGGAUGAGCAUUUGUCGCGGGACGAGAAGCGGGCACGUGCCCUCAACAUCCCAAUUCCAGUCGGGGAUAUCAUCAAUCUGCCCAUGGAUGAGUUCAACGAGCGUCUGUCCAAGUACGAUCUGAGCGAGAAUCAAUUGUCGCUGAUCCGCGACAUUCGUCGUCGUGGCAAGAACAAGGUGGCUGCUCAGAAUUGCCGCAAGCGCAAGCUCGAUCAGAUCCUGACGCUCGAGGAUGAGGUGAACACGGUGGUGAAGCGUAAGACGCAAUUGAAUCAGGAUCACGAUCAUCUUGAGAGCGAACGCAAGCGCAUCUCCAACAAGUUUUCCAUGCUGCAUCGCCAUGUUUUCCAGUAUCUGCGCGAUCCCGAGGGAAAUCCCUGCUCGCCCGCUGACUACAGUCUGCAGCAGGCGGCCGAUGGUUCGGUUUAUUUGCUGCCACGCGACAAGUCCAAUGACAACAGCACGUCGGCAGGUGCAAGCAAUGCGGUCUCUGCACCGCAGUCGUCGUUGCACAGCCACCAGGGACACCAUCAGGUGCAACAGCAGCAGCCGCAACAGCAACCACAACUUGUGCCACUGCAGCAGCAACAGUCGCGAUUGCCGCCGCAUUUGCAGCAGCAACAAGCUGGCGCCCAUCAUCAACUGUUGCCGCAACAACAACAGCAGCAGCAACAACAAUCGCAGCAGCAGCAUCAGCAUCACAAGGAAUGAAAGUAUCUGCUGCGAAUUGCCGCAACAACGAGUUGGUUGUCGAAUUUUCAGCAUCAACAGCAGCAGCAGCAACAAGUGGAGUGGCAACAUCAGCAGCACCAGCAACAGCAGCAGCAACAACAUUGUUACGAUUUUUACAAUAAUAGUUAUUUGUACUACUGAUUCAAUUGUUCGCCGUUGACGUUGCCGCAAUGUCUUAAUGUCUGCUGCUGAGGCGCAUUCAUCACUCUCUCUCAUGGUCUCUCCGGAUUUCGUUUGUUGCUGCUGGCUGCUGUCGCGAGCAUGACAAAAUGUUGCUGGCAACAUUUGCUGCAACUGUGCGAGCUGCAACACAAUCUGAGUUUCUGCAUGAAGCGCGACGUGCAACACGCUGUUUUGCACUCUCGCUCUCCCUUCCCUCACACCCCCCCACACCUUCACUCUCGCCCUCAUUCUUAUGGUUUUUUUUAAUACUUAUUUGCUUGUUAUUUAUUUUUAAAUUCAUUAAGAAAUUGCCUUUUAAUAAUGCCCUUUUGACAAAUUGUUAUAUUUCCCCCUAAACAACACUUCUCUUUUAAAAAUACGAAAGAAUUGAGCAAAUGUCAUUGAAUUGUGAUAAAAAUAAUUUGUUGAAGAAAUUUCAAAUUGAUUGAUUCGGCAAGCAACAAUAAUCGGGAAAAAGUCUUAUUUUGAAUUUGUUAUUAUAAUCAUCUCCAUACAAAAUUGAUCAUCAUCAUCCAAUUCAACUAUCAACGCGUCGUCCAAAAUGAAUAUGAUGCUAUCAACAGAAGAAAACCAUUUACAUUUACAUAAUAUUAGUCUGUAAAAUACACAUAAAACUAUGAGCACAUGUAUAAAUAAUUGUUAGUUACAAAAGUUGUAAAGGUUUGAAACAAAAAACCAAAAAAAAAUACUGCUGGACAUUUCAUGGACUCGCUCGUAAGACGCCUAGUUUUAAAAUACACACACCCAACACACAAACACACACACACACCCAAUACAUGUACACAAAGUAGAAUUUUAGGAAUUCUUGAGAGAAUUAGCGUAUUAUUUACUAAUUACAUGUAAGACUUAGCUCGUAAGCAACAAUUGUAAAUACAACAAACUUAGUUUAAUUAACUUAGCUUAUUCACUGUAAUCCACUCGGAGCAUUAGGCCAGAGCUAAAUGUAAAUUAAUAGUGUUAAAACAUGUCUAAGGAACAGCAAAGAACAUAAAAUCAAAUGGAAAAUCAAGAAAACAAAACAAAAACAAAAAAACAGAAAACAACGUUGGCAGCUAAAGUCCAGCGUAAAAAAAGAAAUAUUAAUAUUUAAUAUUCUUAACAAAAUGUCCUAUUGCAUAAAGAGAAUGAGAAAACCAGAACUUAUUUAUAAUGAUGUACACAGAUCAGCUACAAAAAAAAGAGAAAAAGAAAACAAAAAAAAAGAAACAUAAAGAAACAAAA